AUGUCUAAUUUAUCAAAACGAAAUUUCAAUGAUGAAAUUCCACCUGAGAUUUUAGCACACAUUUCAAGUUAUCUACCAAAUGAAUGGUUGGUUCAUAGACUUGUUUGUAAAUAUUGGUCUGAUAUGUCUAUUUAUUACUAUUUAAAAUUGAAAAUGGUUUCUACACGUUUUGUUUCACUUUCGGAUAUGGAAAAAUUUUGUAAUAGUCAAAUAGUAUUACAAAUUUGUAAAUGUAGUUUUAAUAAUGUAAAUACUGAAAUGUUAAAAACUAUUUUUAAUUGUAAAUUAUUUACAAAAUUGGAAAAAUUAUAUUUAAGUGGUGAUUUUAGUUUAAAAGUAUUGGAAAAAUUAAUUAUUUCUCCAAAUUCAAUUAUUAAACAAUUAAAAAAAUUUGAAAUUGAUUUACCAAAUAUUAAAAGUAGAAUUAAAUUGAACAAGGUUUAUAAAAAAUGUGCCAAACAAACCAAUAAUCCAAUUUUUAACUAUUUAAUUUAUUUAUAUAAUAAGGAUAUUACAUUUUUGGAAAAAUCAGCAGAAUUAAAUUAUUUUCCUGCCAUAAAGAAAAUGAAAAAAUUAAACAAAAAUUCAUCAGAAAUGAAAGAAAAAUGGCUUUUAAAAGGAGCUGAAUUAGGAAAUAGUAAAUAUCAACAUAAACUCGCUAGACAUUAUAGACUUAAUGAAGAGUUCAAAAAAGCAACAGAUUGGUAUUUCAAAUCUGCUGGAAAUGGAAAUUGUUUAGCUCAAUAUUGGAUUGGUAUUUAUUACUAUUCUGGUGAAUAUUAUGAAAAAGAUUUAAAACUUGGACUUGAAUGGUUGUUAAAAUCAGCCAAACAAAACUAUUGCUUUGCACAAUAUGGAGUAGCUUACAUGUAUUGUGUUGGUGUUGGUACAUUGCCAAAUAUGGAAGAAUCACUAAAAUGGUUAAUCAAAUCAUACCUAAAUGAUCACAAAUUGACAUGUGUAGGAAGAAGUAUUGUUGAAUUUUUACAAUAUUUUGAAUUAUUAAAUCAUUUACCAUCAGAAAUAAGUAACUUGAUUCCAAACAUGAAACAAAAGUAUGGAAAUAAUUUUGAUAUUUUUAAAAUUGAAUCAACAAAGACAUGUAAAAUAUGUGAUCAAACAUGUUCAGGAUUUUAUCAAUCAACAGUGGAUGGUUAUGAUUCAUUUGAUAUUUGUGACGAUUGCUGUGAUUCUAGCAAUUUGGAGAAUGAAUUUAAAACUGAAAUUGGUGAGAGAUCUCUUUUUACAACUCAUUUUCUUGCUAAUUUUAUUCCAUUAAUUGAAUUUUGCAAAGAAAGAAAUCAUAAUAUUAAUUGUUCACAACAAUUUGAAAUAAUUAUUUCAUCUUUAAAAGCGUGUGUAAUAGAAAGUUACUAAAAUUGUAAAUAAACUAUUUUAGUCAUAGUUGAUAUU